AUGAUCCCGCAUUCUUCCGUUGGUGGCCAACCGUGGGGUCACCAUAUGCGCGCACUCAAUGGUGCCGCCGAAAGGAUUGAUUCUGCACAAAUGCCUACUGAGUAUGAUUUGCCGUCGGGGACUUCGCAACCAGCCCUAGUAUCUUCGCUGCCCCAGCAUCAACCACAAUCCACAAUCAUCGACUUAACUAGUAGCGGGUACGAGUCGCAUGAUAGAGAGCCACCAUUGAAACGACCCAGACUAGAGAUAUCAAGCGGGGUUAAGGUUGGAGAUCCAAGUGCAUCCGCUAGUGCUGCGGAUGCAAGAAGUACCCCAAUCAGUGUCAGUUCACGACCCCAGCUCUCGUGGCGCGGUCGUCCCAUGUGGUCCUUCCAAGCGGUGGUUUCAGAUCUCCCAGGUAGCGAGAUUCGAGGUGAUCAUCUUACAGGAUGUCGACCAUCUUCGCCGCCGCCUUUUCCCGCUCAGCCUUGGAACAAAUACUCGCGUGAUUCAGCAGAGGACUCGGGGCCGGAAUUGAAGGGAGUGUCCCCGGACCAAAAAGUUCAAACUGUUCCAUAUCGCAUUGAAACCCCCUCUAUGGCUCCGGCUUUAAAGGCCGAAAGUAAAGUUAUCGAACCCCCAAAGCGUUGUCCUGCCACUAACAACUCAUUAUUAGAAGUCGCUGAUUUUACCCCAUGGACUGGCAAUCACCCAGAAGAUCUAUUGAACGAGCAAACAGCCAAACAAGGCUAUUAUGAUCGGACGCAGGUCUCUCAAAACGAAUCCAACACUGCUCGUCCUGCACUAUAUGGGCAGUUGAAACACCGCACGGGGCUGCAAAUGCUUUCGACCGUGUUUUCGGCUGCCCUAGAGAGACGCCAAACCCACAAUACUAUCUCUACCUCGUCUACGUUCAAGCCACCUCCGAGAGUCACCCUCACUGACAAUAAACGCGAGGCUUGGCUCCGAGAUCUUGCCAAUUCAUCUGUGCCCCUGCGUCGGUUAAGUCGAACCAUUCCUCAUGGUAUUCGAGGCAAAGUUCUUCUGGACCAGUGCCUUGGGAAAUGGAUACCGGUUGCACGCGCAGUCUGGCUCGCAAAAUGUGUAGGUGCUAAUGAAAUUCGCGCCUUCAAACGAAAAGGGACGAGCGGGGCCCUGGCCGUGGGUUUGGAGGCGAAGUGGGUACGAGAUUGGACAACGAAUGUUCACCAAUUCAUUGAAGGUGUAUUCGGUGCACCGAAGACAUCAGAUUGGAAAUCGAAAAUGACCUAUACAGUUGGCCUUACGGCCCGUUUGUUUUUCGAAAACCUCCUGGAUCACGAUCACUUUCUUGAGUGGUACUUGUCUUCGCUCGAAUCUGCUACCCUUGUCACUACCCCUGUUUGGGUUUUGAUGCUUGAGAUUUACUGGGGUAACAUCACCCGAUAUCGACGUAGGGGGAGGAGGUUGGCCGAAAUUCUGCUCGAGAAGCUGCGCCAGGCUGCCGAAUCGAAACUCCUGCCUCUUCAACCUCUCAUUGAUAGAUUGUCUCGUUUCAUCAAAAAACUGGUUCAUGAACAUACGUCGUCCCUGAUUUUACCUAGCUCAUGGGAAUUGUAUAAAGGCCAGGUCACUUCCUGUCUUGAUCUCUCACGCGAUGUGGACCGAGCAUUGUUGCAAAUUCUCGUCGAGCGUAAUGCUCGAGUUCAAAGGCCUCCUCACCUCACGCAACCAACGCAGUGCUCUCCCCAUCAACGCAUCAUAUAUCUUCUUGAUUCCAUGACCUCGGCUUGUGACCUUACUGCUCUAUCUUCCGCUUGUUUGGAUGCCAUGGAAGAUAAGGCGACUCUUGUUUCCAGGCUUCUUGAGUGGGCUGCCACUCCAUUUCGGCACGGAAUUUAUCGAGUUUAUGUCAGUGCUCGCCUUUUGCGAAAAUGGAAAGCGGCAGGAAUUGAUGUCGAUGGCCAUCUACUUUCUUUUCUUGCCCAGGCGACUCGCAACAAAAAUCUAGCGAUUGAAAACGUUUAUCAUAUCGUUUCCGAGCUUGUCAGGUCGCAAACUUUCUCGGUCGGUCGAUAUCUUCAGUGGUUGAUGGCUAAGGGACUUGCCGGGGAUCCCCAUUAUCCCCAUCAAUCGAUUAUCGAUACGCCUAGCGAUGUUUUAUUGAUAACACAGCUGCCUGUUGGUCGUCUUCCCCAGCACGUUCGAAAUCUGCGUAACAUCUUGCUCGGCCGUACUGGAUUUUCAGUUUCGGAUGAUAUCAACAUGGUUGACAGCGUUAAAAGCCUGAUCAGCAAGCGCAUGCCAAAAAUUUUCACUGCAGACAUCAAACCUCAAAUUUCACUCAUUUCAUUACCAAUAGACCUGACGUGGGCUGUCAAGGCGGAGAUAGGCCAGUGGCUACGACAAGGGGUAGGCGAACAUACCCGCAUUGCCACCGGUUCAACUAUUCGAGCUGCUUUCCCCGACGAGCUUGUCUCUUCGGUCUCAAAACUCACGCCAGAUGAGUUUUACCACGUCCGGGACAUUUUAGAAACAUUUGGCGAUAUAUCUAUGUUGGCAGAUGUAUUGAAAUGCGCCUCGAGUUCUGAUAAUAGUACUGUCCUUGCCUCAGCUGCUGAUACUGCCAACUGUCAUUUUGAUUGUCUCCGUGUGAUUGGAGCGACCCCUGAUCUAUUUCGAAGGAUGGUUGAUUCUUACGCAAAUAUUAAGCAGUUCAACCUGCCAAGCCUUGAUUUAAUAUUUUCGUUGAUUGAACUCGGGUUACGCAUCCCCCACGAACUCAACACGGUUGUGAGACUGCGCCAGGAUCUUUCUCGAAUGGAGAAUAAAGCCGUUCUUGCUGCAUCGUCGCCGGUUUCUGAUCACAUUCCGGAUUCUUUUGACGAUAAAGAUCCUUCCUUUCGAGAAAAAUUGGAUCAACUCUUGCUUUCUGGCAAUGUCAUGGAUGAGCCAACCUUGGACGCUGUUUUUAACACCUUGACAAAGCACAUGGAACCUGAUGCCAGUAAAGUGAAACUGCCAGUCAACGACACCUGCCGAUACUUGGCACAAUUGCGAUCUUUUCAACCGAAACAUUUUGAUGGGAUAUUGACUCGUUGGGUCAGCAAUCACUUACGAAUACCUGACAGGUCUACAUUGCUUAGUGCUCUUCCCGCCCUCAUUGGGGUUGGGUGCGUCACAUUUCGAUCUUUUUUGUCUCUCGUCAGAAGGCUUAACAUUUCCAUAUCAACAAUGUCUGACAUGGCAGAUCUACCGGCAGAUAUCGUUAAACUUAUUGUCUUUGAAGAAGCCCAGAGUUCGCCCCUUGAUUUGGUGUCUUAUCGGUUCAAACUUUUACAGCAAGAGUUCUUGGCCAGAAACUGUGACGAAAUUCUUGGUAUCGUUUCUGACGCCGCAUCAACCCUCCAAUCUCGUGAUACAAUCAAAUCCGACAAUCUAGAGGUUUGUCUUGUGAAACUUUUACGGGAACUCCUCGUACGGAACCCCAAUUUCCAUCAACAAAGUUGUAUGAAAAACUUUGUUAGCGGAUGCCCAGCUGCUAUCGGGGCGCUGCAGAAAGCCCUAGAUGGUCUGCUAGGAUUUGAAUCCCAGCAGGGGGAAAAAUCUGUCAUCUCGGAAGUUGAAAAACUUGCUAGCAUAACGGACGACUUUUCUCUUUCCUUCUGUCAAAUGAAGGUUCAGCUACUCUUUCACGAAGAUUUUGAGAGUAGUCAAGAUCGGGAAAGCAUCGCUAACGCAAUAUUCCGAACGGUAGCAGCUAAUUUCGGCGCUCCCAAGUCUCACUGGGUCGAGCUCAUCACACUCAUGACCCCCAAUGCAGUUCGUCAGAUUCGCGAACGUGCAGAACGUGAGUUUUUUGCCAUACCGGUCAUGGAAGAAGAGGCAUGGCAUGAUGCUUCUUCCUCGGUAGUCACACAUCGCUUGGGUACUUUCGAAGCAGCAAAGCUGUACCUGACCAUCAUUGAGAAGCUAGCUGAUAGUAUACCUGCCACUGGGACUUUCUCUGUUACAUCAAUGCUAGCUGAGAGAAUGGAUAUGCUACUGCACAAAAUUAUCACACUAGACAGAAGCCUCAACCCCUCUGCAGAUCAACAAACCAAAUCUGUCACCAGGGAAGCUCGUCCUAACUUUGAGAGGUCUCUUGCCUUCUGGUUUUCAGCUCUUCUGCGGAUGGUCGUCAUACACCGCGCUUCGUUGGUGCAGUCACCUACUCUUAAGGCCAACUCCUCCCAUGAGCAGUGUAGACUUUUGAGCACCAUUUUUUGCAUUGCUCUGUCUCGUCUUCCGAAAGAUACCAUCCGUCUUUUCCCGGAAGCGGACUACUUUCCUCGCUCAGAAUUAUCUGGAGAUCAUCAGCCUUGCCCAGGAAUUUUGUUGCAAACACAUGCACUUGACGUUGCCGCUUCUCUGCUCGACGUGUUCCCGGACGAAGUUCGCCACCAGUGCUCUCGUUUUCUAAGAGAAAAAUGCCCGCCUUUUUUUUCUCUGCAAAAUGACCCUCGAUUCACCUACCUCUUGGGCCCAAUUGGAAAUCCUACAACAGCCAAUCUUUCCCAGACAACAGGAGCUCCGUCUCCAGUUCCGUCAGGCGCCACUCCCGCCUCCACGUCCAAUUUGCCCACAGCUAGUCAUUCUGGACAAUCCAUGGUAACACCGUCUGGAGUUUCUGCUGCUAUGAAUGAAAUCACCAAUUUUACACCCGAUCGAUUUCGUCUCCAACACCGAGGGCGGGUAGCUGGGUCAUAUUCAGUGCGACCUUGGGAACUUCUUCAGGACGCGGCUCCUUUCGUGGGUGUUAAUGACACUGCAGUUAACCUGGGCUAUCUUGAAGCUCGGCGCGUUCGAGUUUGA